AUGGUAAAGAAGCACAAAGGCACCCUGGCUGUCAUCGAGCAGAUCUACCAGGAUAUACCAGCAUUUUCCGACAUCUUCAACGAGGAGAGCUUCUAUACGUUCGCCUUUUGCUUCGUCUGUGCCACCAUACUGGUGGCCUUUAUUCUCUCGCGGUUUAUCACCAUCAAGCCAGUCGACUUCUGAACUUCUGUUAGUCCAACCGAAAUUCUGCACACGUACAUUAAACAACUUAAGCUUUAACAUGUA